AUGGAGGGUCUUUACUUCAAUGUGAACUCUGGAUACCUUGAAGGCAUUGUCCGUGGGUAUAAGAACAGCCUUCUGACCGGCCAGAACUACUCGAACUUGACACAAUGCGAGUCCAUUGAUGCUUCAACUGGGUCCAUCCUAUGGCGAUUUCCUCGCCUCUCUUCCCCGAACCCCUCCACCUCCGCCCUCGCUGGCAGGAUGACCGACAAGCUGGUGUCAGAAUUCCGAUACUUGGUCGCGCAGUCAACUGGGUCAACAGCCAAAUUCUUAAAGUACCUAACUUAUGGAUACAUGAUCGACAACAUCGCUCUCCUCAUCACCGGUACUCUGCAUGAGCGCGAUACUCGAGAACUCCUGGAACGAUGCCACCCCCUCGGCUGGUUCGAGACCUUGCCUGUGCUGUGUGUUGCCACUAAUAUCGAGGAACUUUACAACUCCGUCUUGAUUGAGACCCCGCUAGCUCCUUAUUUCAAGGGCAGCUUGAACCACCAGGAUCUGGACGAGCUGAACAUUGAGAUCGUUCGCAACACCCUGUACAAGAACUACCUGGAGGACUUUCACAGGUUUGUGAACACAGACUCUGAUUUCAACGGCCCGACUCAGGAAGUCAUGUCGGAGAUCUUGCAGUUCGAGGCAGACCGUCGCUCUAUUAAUAUUACCCUUAACUCAUUCGGCACGGAGCUAUCCAAGCAAGAGCGGAGGAAGUUGUACCCGGAAUUCGGAAAGCUGUACCCAGAAGGUAGCUUGAUGUUGUCUCGGGCAGAGGAUGUCGAGGGUGUGGCCCUUGCUGUCAGUGCUGUUGCAGAGUACAAGACCUUUUUUGAUGCAGUUGGCCUGAGCCAAGGCGGUGGUGGUAUGGGUGGCAUGGGUGGCAGCGAUGGAAAGAGUCUUGAAGAUCUGUUUUACCAGAAGGAGAUGGAGAUGGGCAAGCUCGUUUUCACCCGUCAGUUCACCCCAGCGGUGGUGUACGCGUGGAUGAAGCUGAAGGAGCAGGAAAUCCGGAACGUAACCUGGAUUUCGGAGUGCAUUGCUCAAAACCAGAAGGAGAGAAUCGGCAACUUUAUCUCUGUCUUCUAA